UUGGAAAAACUCGAUCUGGAGUACUGUUCACAAGUGACUGAUUCUACCCUUAUCCAACUUGCCACCUACUGCCCCAGGUUAAACACCCUGGUAUUGUCUCACUGCGAUCAAAUCACCGAUGAGGGAAUUUCCCGACUGGUGGAAGGUCUUUGUGGUCCCCAACAACUCCAGCGAUUGGCCAUGGAUAACUGCCCCCUUCUGACGGAUUCCUCACUUACGAUGCUCGGAUCGGUAUGCCAGAAUCUCUGCCAAGUGGAUCUCUACGACUGCCAACUCAUAACGCGACAAGGAAUUGAGAAUCUGAAGCAACAAAAUCCACGGUUGAAAAUUCAAGCUUUCUUCGCACCAGGAACUCCACCUGAAUCUACUCUAGGUCAUCGAAGACGCUACUGUCGAUGCUGUACCAUUCUAUAA